AUGCUGGGCCCACAAGACGCGGAGACGAUCCGCAUUCUCAUCUCAACUGAUAACCAUGUCGGGUACAAUGAGCGGGAUCCCAUUCGAGGCGAUGACAGCUGGAAAACAUUUCACGAGAUUAUGUGCCUUGCCAAAGAACAGGAUGUGGAUAUGGUCUUACUUGCGGGCGAUCUAUUCCAUGAGAAUAAACCAUCUAGGAAAUCGAUGUACCAAGUGAUGCGGUCCAUUCGAAUGAACUGCUUCGGAGACAAGCCUUGUGAGAUGGAGAUGCUCAGUGAUGCCAGCGAAAACUUCCAGGGAGCCUUUAAUCAUGUUAACUUCGAAGAUCUGGACAUGAAUAUCGCUAUCCCCAUUUUCUCGAUCCACGGAAACCAUGAUGAUCCAUCUGGUGAGGGCCAUCUCGCGGCUCUUGACCUGCUACAGGUUUCUGGUCUAUUAAAUUACUACGGUCGCACUCCCGAGGCGGACAACAUUGAAAUCAAACCCGUGCUGCUUCAGAAAGGUCGAACUAAGCUUGCAUUGUACGGCAUGAGCAACGUCCGCGACGAGCGACUAUUUCGUACUUUCCGUGAUGGCAAGGUUAAAUUCUUCCAACCUUCAGUUCAGAAGAAUGACUGGUUCAAUUUGAUGUCUGUUCAUCAGAACCAUCAUGCUUAUACUGAGACCGGAUACCUCCCCGAGAACUUCUUACCGGGAUUUAUGGACAUGGUUGUUUGGGGCCACGAACAUGAAUGUCUCAUCAAUCCCCGACUGAAUCCAGAUAUGAAUUUUCAUGUCAUGCAACCCGGCUCAUCGGUGGCUACCUCGUUGAUGCCAGGUGAAGCUGUACCGAAGCAAGUCUCCAUCAUGAGCAUCACGGGUCGGGAAUUCAAGUGUGAGCCUAUUCGAUUGAAAACCGUGCGGCCAUUUGUGAUGAGAGAGAUCGUGCUGUCCGAGGAGAAAGGCGCCCGAAAGCUAGCCCGGAAAGACAACAACAGAACAGAAGUGACGCGUUUCCUGAUGGAAAUUGUCGAAGAAUUAAUUGAAGAGGCCAAGGCCGAAUGGCUGGACGUUAACGGAGAACCUGAGGAGGACGAAGACGCCCAAGAAAUGCCUCUUCCCUCGUUAGACUCCGAGUUGAGAUCUCUACUCCUGAAGGCGGUGCAUACGAUUGUCGCCAAUGUUAAUGACGUGGUGCAAUUUCAUCGCAAGAAGAAAUCUCCAUCGUCGCGCAAAGCUGACAUCUCUGAUGAUGCAACCGCAUCCCACUUGACAGGUCUGGAUACCGUCAAGGUGGAGCAACUAGUCAAGGAGCUUCUUGCAGCGCAGUCGCUUAGCAUUCUGCCUCAAAACACUUUCGGGGAUGCCGUUGCUCAAUUUAUCGAUAAGGAUGAUAAACAUGCCAUGGAAAUGUUUGUGAAUGAAUCCCUGGAAAGCCAGGUCAAACAUCUGAUGGCUUUAGAUCGUGACGAGGAGGAGGAUAUGGAGGAUGAGGAGGGCUUCCAGAGUUCCUUGGUCACUGCUAUGGAAAAGUACCGCACACAGAUGGAAGACUUGUUUGCCAAGGGUGUCAAGAAACGCACUCGGGGUAAGAAGCGAUUCAAGCCCAAGCCAGACGGCUGGGAUAGUGAAUUUGAUGGCUCGUGGGAGGAUCAACCUGGUGCUUUAAUUCACUCGGACAAUGAAGGGGGCGACCCAGCCGAAGAAGAAGCUGGCGAGGAUGGCACUGCUCCAGCUCGCAGUCGCACAACGACCACCUCAGCCCGUGGUCGCGGAAGGGGUCGUGGCCGGGGAGCUGCUACCGCUUCUCGAGGCGCUGCUAAAGCUGCGGCACCAUCAGCUAGAGGCCGAAAGGCAAAGCCGGUUUCUGAAGAGGAGUCAGCCGACGACGUUAUCAUGUUGGAUGAUGAUCAAGACAACGAGGAAGCUGCACAUAUCACUUCAGAAGACGAUGACUCCCAGGCUCUAUUUGUCAAGCAGCCUUCCACAGCCUCAAGGGGGCGGGGACGUGGACGUGGGGCCAAAGCUGCUACCAGAGGGCGUGGUGGACGAACUGCACCCUCGCUAGCUCCAUCUUCGAACACCGUUGGAGGAACUGCUACUCGUCGAACGACACGACCUGCCAGGCAAACUCAAACAACCCUCGAUUUUGGUGGCUCACAGGCGAGUGCUCCCCAGACUUCUCGAUCCACCCGCGCAGCUCGCAGGGUGAGUAUCAGUGAUGACUCUGAUUCUGCCUUUGAACCAGCUUGA